ACACUUCGCGCUUUAGCGAGGCGCGGGAAUUGCCCACCCACAAUGGUUCUAUAGUAGAUCUUUGAGCUAUUCCCACGUGCAGAAGUUUCUCUUUACUGUGUAGUGUAGUUAGCAGUAGUGUACGUUAGACAACAUGAAGAUGGACCCUACAAAUCCUCAAUCCCCUUCUAACGGGUCGCUGGACGGAGAUGUCCCUAACGAUCCUGGAAAAAUGUUUAUUGGGGGACUAAGUUGGCAAACUACAGUUGAAUCUUUAAAAGACCAUUUUGGUCGCUUUGGUGAAAUUAAAGAAGCUAUGGUCAUGAAAGACCCAACGACUAAACGAUCUCGGGGAUUUGGGUUUGUCACAUAUAAAGACGUGGCUAGUGUAGAUACCUGCUUAGAGAACGGGCCUCAUAUUCUGGACAAUAAAACGGUCGAUCCAAAAGUUGCAUUUCCAAGAAAAGCUCAACCUAAGAUGGUCACCAGGACAAAGAAGAUAUUCGUGGGAGGACUGUCAGCUGCCACGACAGUGGAAGACGUCAAAAAUUACUUCUCCCAAUACGGAAAGAUUGAAGAUGCCAUGCUUAUGUUUGACAAGACAACAAAUCGUCACAGAGGUUUUGGAUUUGUGACAUUUGAGGUUGAAGAUGUCGUUGACAAAGUGUGUGAAAUUCAUUUCCAUGAGAUCAACAAGAAAAUGGUUGAGUGUAAGAAAGCCCAGCCAAAGGAAGUCAUGCUCCCCACUACCCUAGCCAGGGGGCGGGGCACGCUGACCAGGGGGGCGUACGUGACGGAGGAUGGUGAAAUCGUCUUGGGGGAAAUUCCACAAGAAUUAAUAAUGCCGGAUCUGUGUUAUCUACCUACAGGACUGCCGAGCUACCCCUAUGGUCGCGGAUUUCCAACACUGGCCCCUGCAGGCUAUUACUAUCCAGGCUUGAACGGAAUCAACUCCUCGUCUGUAGUUGCACGUUCAGCCUCGGCUGUCGCAGCUCGCAGUGCUGGGGUUGGUGGGGCACAUGGUGUUUUGGGCAUAACAGGAAGUCCAAGCUUCCCUGGUUACCCCGCUGGUUUAAUACAAACCCCCACAGCUAACCCCGGUGAGCGACAGGUCUCCCCUGCCAUAUAUGCAGAUAUUGGUGCUACUACUAGCCCCUUGGCUGCCAACGCCCUACAAAUACAGCGCAGUGAGCCUUCCCCACUGCCCGUCAGUAACUCCCCCUUGGCUAGGGUGGGAGAACAACUUCUCACGGCACAAAGAACAGCCAUGAUGAGUAGUCUCGGACACCAGGGAUUCCCCACCGCUACCUCUCCCAGCACUCGCUCCGUGCCCCUGACAACCAGCCCCGGGCCCGUGGAUACCUUUAUUGCCCAGGACGGGCUUGGAUACAUCCAGGCCACUAGCCCUCAGCCCACAGGCUUUGCUCUCAACACUGCAUAUGGUAUACACGAUGGACUAGGAUACGUUGAUGCCACUAGUUCAAAUAGAUACAUUCACGAUGUGUUAAGUAAGGCACAACUGAUACCACAAGGUUUCCAGAACGGCUACCAUUAAGCAUCAGAUAGUGGAAAAUAUGCAAAGUCAUCUGCACACAUUGGACGCAUACUGGACGCAGCAAAUGUAAUCUCAUUGCUGAUUGGUUGAUUUAUAUAAUUUUAUCGGGAAGUUGCAUGAAAGGAUUUCUGAAUCGGUACAAUAAGAACUUAAAGGAAUGGCACAUUUAAAUGUGAUCAAUCUUUUUUUCUUUUUAAUUUUGAUCAAUUUUACUGGCUUUUAUCAACUCUUUGUUAUUAUGUAUAUAUAUACUAAUGUAAAAAUGUUUUAUUUUUUGUUUUAUUAUGACUUUUCUCAUUUUUAAUUUUUUUCAUUUAUCUCAUGUGUGAAUCAAGUGAAGAUCAGGUGAAAAUUGUGAAAUAUUUGAAGCAUUUAUUCAACAGUAGUAUUUAUUGCUAGAAUUAAAUGUUUAUGAAUGGAUUAAUUUCAUCUCACAUUUAGGUCACAUUUGACCAUUUGGUUAUACAGGACAUUUUACUUUAAUUGAGCCACAUCUGGUCU